CCGGCCAGGAUGCGGACCGGGUUUCUGAGCGGUGCCCGGCGCCUGUGGGCCCGCCGCGCCCUCAGCCGCAUGACGCCGCCUCCCGAGGAGCUCUUCGCCCGCGGCGGGCCCCUCCGGGCCUUCCUGGAGCGCCGCGCUGGCGUGGACGCCGGGGGCCCCCAGCUGGCGGCGGCGGCGCGACUGCUGAGCGAGAAGGAGCGGGAGCUGCGGGACACCGAAUCCUUGCUGCACGAUGAGAAUGAAGAUUUAAAGAAACUUGCAGAGAGUGAAAUAGCUUUGUGUCAGAGAGAAAUAAUUCAGCUGAAGCAUCAGAUCCUCUCACUUUUGGUUCCUUCAGAAGAAACAGAUGAGAGUGACUUGAUCCUGGAGGUGACUGCGGGUGUGGGUGGUCAGGAAGCCAUGCUUUUCACCUCUGAGAUGUUUGACAUGUACCAGCAGUAUGCUGCAUUUAAAAGAUGGCAUUUUGAAACCCUGGAAUAUUUCCCAAGUGAACUAGGUGGCCUUAGACACGCAUCAGCCAGCAUCGGAGGUCCCGAAGCAUAUAAACACAUGAAAUUUGAAGGAGGAGUGCACAGGGUACAAAGAGUGCCAAAGACAGAGAAGCAAGGCCGCAUCCACACUAGCACCAUGACAGUGGCAAUUUUGCCCCAACCUACUGAGCUUAAAUUGGUGAUUCAUCCCAAAGAUUUGAGAAUUGAUACUAAGAGAGCAAGUGGAGCUGGAGGUCAGCACGUCAAUACCACAGACAGUGCUGUGCGGAUAGUUCAUCUUCCUACAGGUAUUAUUUCUGAAUGUCAGCAAGAGAGAUCUCAACUGAAGAACAGGGAACUGGCUAUGAAGAAGUUACGUGCAAGGUUGUAUAGCAUGCACCUAGAGGAAGAAACUACCAAAAGACACAAUGCUCGAAAGAUCCAGGUUGGAACUAAAGGAAGAUCAGAGAAAAUAAGAACAUACAACUUUCCACAGAACAGGGUCACAGAUCACAGAAUAAACGCAUCAGUCCAUGACCUUGAGCGCUUCAUGCAGGGAGACUGUCUUCUGGAUGACCUGAUACAGUCACUGAAGGACUAUGCGGACUAUGAAUCUCUAGUAGAAAUGAUUGCCGCAGAAGACUGAGCUUCUUUGUAAAGAUAUUUUUAUAUAGAUUAAUUCAUUCCUUAUACAGUCAAGGUAACAACCAGGAAUAGCCAUUGCAAUGGGUAAAAGCCAAGUCUACAAAAUAACCAUGGUGGUGUCCAAGUGUACCCAGAGGCUGCCAUGGAAAGUGGAAAUGAAGUGUCCUCUCAGACUUACAGGGGGUCUCCAUCACCUACGACUCACAGCGUUCACAUACUAGCAUCAAAGGAAUGUACAGGCUUCAGGUGUGGAAUGUGCCCCCUCCAAAACCCAAUGUGCUAAUAAGUGUGUCAGCUUCACAACUAAAGUUUUAAGAGGUCCUUAUGAACGGUGGUAAUGUCUGCAAACUGUUAAACACCCAGAGUCACUGUCCGGUUUCAAUAAUGUUUUCAUACGUUUUAGUGUCUGAAAUAAAUGGCAAACAUGACGUUUCACUUUCUCACAUGUCUGCUGGCACUUACAUACAAUUCUCCUUAAAUAUAUAUCAUCACAUGACACAAUUCAUGCAAAGUCCCAAAUACUUGUAAUACCUAACAGCU